UGCCCUCCACACACAUACAUACAUACACACACACUCUGUCUCUCUCUCUCCCUCCAGACAUCUGUGAAUUUCUGUGUUAUUGCACAGAACCUAAGGAUAAGCAUACACCCAUACAAAUAUCCAUUUCAGUCAGUUAGGGACAGUUACACACUUGUGUGUCGGUCUCUUCCUCGAUCUCUCGUUCUCUUAUUCACUCUCACUCUCACACACACAACCACGCAUACCGAGAGGUACUAGCAGCCAGCAGCGUAUCAGAAGCAUCUCUCUAAACAUGCUCCAGGACAUGUGGUCGAGCAUGUCCAGAUGGUUCCAGAGCUCAUCGGCGUGCAAGGGUGAAGAUCCGCUGGCCGAGAAGAACGAGGAACCGGCCUUGAAUACUGCAGCGACAUCCAACUGCAAGCAGCAUGCCACACGCACGGCUGGUCAAACAGCGGAGCACGACUUGCCACCAGCAAAGAAAACCACAGUGCUGAUAUUGGUGGCGCCCCCUAAGGACCUCGGGCAGAAAAUCGUAAAAGCUGGAGAUAAGGACCUGGAUGGGCAGCUGGACUUUGAAGAGUUUGUGCACUACCUGAGGGACCAUGAGAAGAAGCUGCGUCUGGUCUUCAAAAGUCUGGACAAGAAGAACGAUGGUCGCAUUGAUUCACAGGAGAUAAUGCAGUCACUGAGAGACCUUGGGGUGCACAUAUCUGAGCAGCAGGCCGAGAAAAUCCUCAAGAGAAUUAGGAGGGGCCAUAUCUGGGCCCCCAUAAUGUACAUGGACAAGAACGGCACGAUGACCAUCGACUGGAACGAGUGGAGGGAUUACCACCUGCUUCACCCAGCUGACAACAUCCCGGAAAUCAUCCUCUACUGGAAGCAUUCCACGAUAUUUGAUGUGGGGGAGAGUUUGAUGGUCCCUGACGAGUUCACAGCGGAGGAGAAGGACACGGGCAUGUGGUGGCGGCACCUAGUGGCGGGAGGCGGGGCCGGCGCCGUGUCCCGUACCUGCACGGCGCCCCUGGACCGGCUCAAAGUUCUCAUGCAGGUGCUCGCUUCUCGCAGCAACACGAUGUGCAUCGCCGGAGGCUUCUCCCAGAUGAUCCGCGAGGGCGGAGUCCGGUCGCUAUGGCGAGGGAACGGCAUCAACGUUCUGAAGAUCGCGCCCGAGUCCGCCAUCAAGUUCAUGGCGUACGAGCAGAUAAAGCGUGUAAUUGGCAGUAACCAGGAGACGCUGGGCAUUCUGGAGAGGCUAGUGGCAGGGUCUCUGGCUGGUGUCAUCGCACAGAGCAGCAUCUAUCCCAUGGAGGUUCUGAAGACCCGGCUAGCAUUGGGGAAAACGGGUCAGUACUCGGGCAUCAUGGACUGUGGCAAACGCAUUCUUCAGAAGGAGGGCUUGGCGGCGUUCUACAAGGGCUACAUUCCCAACAUGCUUGGCAUCAUUCCCUACGCGGGAAUAGACCUGGCCGUCUACGAGACGUUGAAGAACUCAUGGCUCCAGAGGUUCGCCACAGACAGCGCGGACCCGGGCGUGUUUGUGCUGCUGGCCUGUGGCACCAUGUCCAGCACCUGCGGCCAGCUAGCCAGCUACCCACUGGCCUUGGUUAGGACACGCAUGCAGGCUCAAGCUGCCACGCUGGACGGGGGGCCUCAGAUGACCAUGAGUGGCCUGUUCCGGCAUAUUUUGCGGACGGAGGGUGCCACGGGCCUGUACCGGGGCCUGGCGCCCAACUUCAUGAAGGUCAUCCCUGCCGUCAGCAUCAGCUACGUGGUGUACGAGAACCUGAAGGCCACGCUGGGGGUGCAGUCCCGGUGAGGGCGGGACGAUCCACAUCAGCUUUUGUUUCCCUUAGUUGUUCCUUUCUAUAUUGUUUUCUUUGAGAUGCGAUGAAGUGCCGGUCCAGGGAGGCCCCUCUGCCCCUGCCCCGGGGAAUUGUGGGUGCCGAGUCCUGAGGUGUGAGCUGUGAGUUUUGUUUUGUGAAUGGGAGGAGUUGUGAACUAAGCUGAGAUGACACUCGGAGCCGUCGGGACGAGACAGCAUUCCGGAGCAGGAUGUCAUUGUGACACGCUGUUUUCAGAACAUCACCCUCAAAAAUCAGAAGCCCUCACGUGAUCGGCCGACUGCAGUCACCUGAGUUUUACCGGGGCCAACAAAGUGUGCACCGUUCAACACGGCUUCAGUGCUUCAGGAGAUCGGAAGAGCUCUCUCCUCAGAGAUAUUCGGUGUUGAUUAGGCUGCUUACAUGUCAUUGUCUUACAGUUUCAGUAGGUGGUAGUGUUGGUUAACAAAGGGCUUGAGACCAACACCUACUCAUACACACCACAUCCACCUUUUCAAUUGGAUAUGUUUUGUUUUGUUUUUUGUUUUUUUUUUGUUUUUCCUCUUGGGUUUUGGGUUUUUUUUUUUUGUUGGUUUUUUCUAUUAUCACAUAUAUUUGCACACUACUUUCAUAUCACUGUUUUGUUCAUAUAAUAUUUAUUAACAUAAUAAAUGUUCAGGUUUUGUUUGUUUUAUAAGUGCAGAAACCACAUGUCCUUAAAUCAUAUAACAAUGCCUGCAGCUGAAUUUCAUGUGCACAUUCUCAUUAGAAUAAUUCCGUUUUUAUUUCUGUUCACUUUAAGUAUGUUGUCAAUUAUAUUUAUUUAACUCUAAUCUAUACAGUGAAAGUUCAGUAUUCAGUAUCAACAGUUGUUGAUAUUGGCUGUACAAAGUCCAUAUUUUGGGAUUAGAAUCUUGCAUGGAUUCAGAGCAACAAAAUUCAGAGUCCAGAUGAAGAUCUGAUUUAUUAGUACCUGCUGAAAUUCAGACACUACGAGUCAGUUCUUUGAGACUUGGCCAGGAACAUCACCAUGGUUGGUAUAAGGCCUUGCAUUAAAUUAAUUCAGCUGUUCGCAUUAGAACUGCUGCCCUGUAUGUUGCUUUGGCAGGAACCCGCGCCUUUAAACCGAACCUCCUCACAGUAUUGGUGUGUGCGCAUCGCGAGCAUUGGUUUCCUGGAUUCUCAUUGCGUCUCCCGGAUGGGAACAGUAAGAAGUGGGAAAAUGCACUCAGGAACUUUGAUAACCUGUGGAACACAGCCUCUUUUUGUUUUGAGUCAGAAUGAAUGACACUAGAAUGAGUAAAAAAUAGUUUUUGACUAAACGUUUUUGGUGGGUGUGUGGGUAGUUAAACUGAAGGUUAUUGUGUCCAGAAUGCUCCAUUGCCUUGUUUACGCACAAAGCUCACAGACCCCAGCCCUGGGAGCCUCAGGCAGGAAGAGCUUAGUUUUCCCUGAUGCACUUAUUUCAGCAUGUUUGUUCAUUAUGCAGUUGACUCAGGUGUAUUCUAGAGGAGGUCCUGCAGUGUUCUGUCAGUGGUAUUCAGCUCCUGUCCAGCAAAGAUUUUAGUUUUCGCUUGUAUUGUUGAAGCAGCCCUUGGGAAAAAAAGGCACACGGAUUAGGUAUGCAUGUAUACAUAUGUACCGUUUUGGAUGAGAGCACCCACGUGGAUGAAGAUUUUUGGUUCGACUCAGCAUCCAGCCAGAUGUUGAAUUUGACGCUUUGAAACGCCCGGGGCCAUACGUCCCCAAAACUGCACUCAAAGAGCAUCAAAACAUCUCCCGGAAGAGACGGCAGCUUCCUCCAAGCCUGCAGAAGCUCUUCAUGUCUCCGUAGUAGGUGCAGAUUUACAGCCACAGCCUGGGGCCAAGCAGGUGUAAGGUGCUACCCUUCUAUGUUCAACUCCAGGUACAUGUGAUCACCUUAUGUGCUGCUAGUGGAAUGUCAGCUCAUCUACAUGGAAGAGAGAAAGAGUGAUUGAUUUUAUUUAUUUUUUUUUCCUUCUAAUAAUUGUGAUUCUCAGGGAGAACACCUGGCUAGACUAUGUCAUUCCAGAAAAGACCAACUGAAUUCAAAAUGGUACCCAUUUGGCUUAAAGGCUUCUCAGAGUAGGUCUGUGAAUGUGUGUAGUGCAGUAUAGCCUAUGAGUAAAGCAGAAUGCCAGACCGGAGUCUGGAGAUCCUUUUGCCUUUGCUGUUGCGCAUAAAGGGUUUCCCUCUUUAGCUGAUCCACGCACCGCUUCUCCUCGUCAGCACCUAACCCUUCACCCAGCAGUCGCCAACCCAGCUCCUGAAGUUCUAGCCUCCUGCAGAUCCACCCAGAAUCCAAACAUCCUUAAUCAGCCGGAUCACGUUGGUCGGAUUUGGGCUGCUGCCAGUUCUGAGAGAGGCCUGUCUCCAGGAAUAGGCUCUUUUGGCCUCUGCCUUCACGCUUAAAAAUGACACUGCAAAAUUGGCUGCAGAUCAGCAAAAGAGGGGAAGUUUUCCUUCUCUCUGUGGACGGCCUAAAUCCGAGCAGGACCUUCCCCCCAGUUCACCUCUGUUGUACUAAUGCCUGUAUAUGUUUGUGUGCAGCGUGUGUGUGUGUUGUAGAUGAUCAUAGAGCGCAUGUAAUGGGGCUUUACGAGAUGAUGACUUCACCUCCUAGUGAAUGCUGCUUCUUUAUUCAUUAUUUUGUCUUAAUGCAUUUUUGCACUCUUCUCCUUAUGAAUUAGCUAAGGCUAAAACCACUCAUUGAAUUAUCUCAACAACUGGGAAUGCAUAACAGUACUGAUCUGGGAUCAGAUCGGAGCCCCUAUGAGCCCAAAACCCCACACUGAUCCUCAGACCCCACCCCCUACCCCAUUGCCUGACAUUGCCUGUCCCCGUAGCCUGUGUAUGUAGCUGCUAACGCAAAUGUGCCGUUUGCCACACGUACACAGGUGUGUGCUGCUCACGAGCCACCUGAGGAUGCGUCCAGAGCGUGGGACGCUCAGGUCGGAUUCCUUUUUCUCUUUUGUACGUGAUCGAAUUCAUGGGCUUAGUUACAAUCAACAAUCAUUAGUUGCUGAAAAGAUUAUGAUUGUGGUCCAAAGCAAAAUACUGAAAAAAAGAUCUGCCAAGUUCCUAUUGGUUCCUGUCUUUGUCAAAGACGGUAUCUGAUGCAGCUUCUGAUAUGGAUGGAAAUUACUGAUUUGACUGCCUGUGUAAACAAUGCCUUGCAAUACGAAAUGCUCAUAGAUGCCAGUCUUUUGUAUACAAAUACUUAUUCUGCAACACAACAUCCUGAUGUACAAUAAAGCCAGAAUCACAUCUCAGAUUUAGUCAAAGCUAAAACGUUAUAAUCAAUGCAAAAAUGUGCUGGACAAAAUGCGGUAACCCUGAUAGAAUGCAAAAGUGAAUGAAUGUAAAUAUAUUUAUGUUUGUUUUGGAACAAUGGUCAAUAAAAUAAUCUUAUUUCAGUUAAA